UUUUAUUAAAACAUACCGGAAGCUCCCAAGUAGCGUGUAACGUGAUUGGACGAGAAGUCCUCUAAAUCCUAACAUUCGUUUGUUGUGUAUCGUUAAAAGGACUAGGAUGAGCAGCCAUUUACUUCGUGUUUGUGUUAGGGCUUCAAAAAUCCCUCAACGGACUAUUACAGCAUCCCCUAUUUGUUCCAGGAAUGUUGUUCUAGAUCAAAAGUUAAAAGAUGAAAUUUAUCCAAAAAUAGGUAAUCGAGAAGUUGUUGGGUAUGGUGUCAAUGGGAUGGCCUCUUACAUAGACAGGUGUGAGUUCCCAUGUCCAGCUAUUAGAUUUAAGGAGGAAACAGCAGACAUUGCCAAACUAAGACAACAGGAGAAGGGGGACUGGAAAAAGUUAACAUUAGAGGACAAAAAAGCCUUGUACAGGGCAAGUUUCUGUCAGACAUUCAGUGAGAUCGAGGCUCCCACUGGUGAAUGGAAAAUUAUUUUUGGCUCAGUUCUUCUUGGGUUAGCUGUGACUGGCUGGAUCAUGUUCUUUGUCAAAAAAUUUGUCUAUCCAAAACAAGCAAGCACACUUACCCCUGAACACGCGGAAAAAGUGUUGCAGUUAAUGAUAGACCAACACCAGGGAAUUGUUACUGGUAUCGCCUCUAAGUGGGAUUAUGACAAGAUGGAAUGGAAAAAGUAAUGUGGGCCAUAAUUAGUUCUUGUGCAUAGCAGCAGCCGUUUUUGACAGUCUUAUGCAGUUCCAUUCUGAUAAAUCUGUCCGUUGAUACAUGAUGUCUUUCUAACAUUUCUCUGUUUAAUUUAUUUUACAUCCAGUUGUGGAAUUAUGUUGAAAAGAGAAAUUCUGUAAGCUGGGUAGAACUUUUAGAAGGCACAUUUAUGAUCAGCGUGUACACCUUUUUUAUGAUCAACUUAAAUUUAUGACUGAGUUUUCUUUAUCAUUUAGUAUAAACGGACAUUUAAAAUCUAGUGACUGUCCUUGUUGGGUAAAUAUUUGUGUAAAUGGUAUGAUUUUUAGAGUUAAAAAUAAAAUUUGUAUUAACUUUGGAA